UUCCAGUAUAAAUAUCAGAACAGAAUCCAUUUAAUUUCAGUUUUGUUAGCUCAUUGAAAACAUCAUGACUUCUUUGAUUCUUCCACUCUUCUUUUUCUUGAUAGGAUCUCUCUAUGGCCAGGAGAAAGCUACUUGGGUUGACAUCUGUGCUAAUGGGUUCAAUGUUCCUUAUGAGUGUUGCCAUAAAAACUUAGUAGCAGGCACUGAUGAAGGUAUGGAGGGUCAUCAAUACUAUAUAGACAUCACUACUCCUAGAGAUUACUUUUAUCAGCAUAUUCAUUGUUUAUCCAAUACCUUCGGAGACUCCACCCAUGGAUAUCAGCUAGCAACCUUUGAAACCAGGAAGGAGAACUAUUGUGUAGCAAAGUAUAUCAACAUGAUGUAUCCUACGUCCAACUUCAACUUCUACAUUGGACUUCAAGCAGAUACUUCAGAUUAUCUGAAAAAUGCAUUUUUCUGGGAUGAUCCAAUGGUCUCCUCACUUGCAGCAAAUCCUGAUGCUAAUGUUCCAACCUUUACUAACUGGGCUUAUAAUGCUCCUAAUGGACAGGACUGUGUAAGAAUGAAUACUGGAAAAACGUUGGCAACCAGUGGACUCUGGAAUGAUGUAGCAUGUAAUUCUGUCCUUUUCGCUAUUUGUGAGCGAUAUACAAAAUAAUUUGUGCAUAGAACAUGUUUAAAUUCUUCAAUUUUUAAAUAAUAAAUGUAACGAAAGCAUCCUUAUUUAUCAUAAUAAAGCGUAAUCUUUUCAA